AUGAAGUUCAACAACGAUAGUGAAAAGCAGGUGUUCGAUAAGCUUAAAAAGGCAAUUCCUGGUAUUAUCAAAGAAAAAUGUGCAGGAUACGAUGAAUUGUAUGGUUACAAGUUGAAUCCUGAAGGUCUGACCAAGGAGGAGGUUGAAAAAUACUAUGAUGAAAAGAUUGCCGAUUGCUUAAUCUACAAACUUUGCAAAGCGUACCAAUUUGAAUAUAGCACUGUUGUGCAGAAUCUGAUUGAUAUUUUGAACUGGAGGAAGGAAUUCAAUCCAUUGAGUUGUGCCUAUAAGGAAGUUCAUAAUGCAGAUUUGCAAAACGUUGGUAUUUUGACUUUCGAUGCAAAUGGUGACGCUAAUAAAAAAGCUGUCACCUGGAACUUAUAUGGUCAGCUGGUCAAAAAAAAGGAAUUGUUUCAAAACGUGGACAAGUUUGUGCGCUACAGAAUCGGACUUAUGGAAAAGGGUCUGAGCUUACUGGAUUUUACCGGUGUAGACAAUAGCUAUAUGACCCAAGUCCACGAUUAUAAAGGCGUUUCCGUGUGGCGGAUGGAUUCUGACAUUAAGAAUUGUAGCAAGACCGUCAUUGGAAUUUUCCAAAAAUACUAUCCAGAACUGUUGUAUGCGAAGUAUUUCGUUAAUGUCCCCACUGUUUUCGGUUGGGUCUAUGAUUUGAUCAAAAAGUUUGUUGAUGAAACCACUAGAAAGAAGUUUGUGGUUUUGACCGAUGGUAACAAGUUAGGUCAGUACUUAAAGGACUGCCCAUACCAAGAUUAUGGUGGGAAAGACAAACAGAACGAUUUGAACAAGCAAAACGUCACAAAUGUCCAUCCAACGGAAUACGGCCUUUACAUUUUACAAAAGCAAAUCAUUGAAGACGUUGAGUAA